AACAUGUGAAAAUUACAAAGGAAACUUGCCCUCGGUGGGAACACCCUAUCAAUUGUAUAGAGUUUCUUCUACUUUCUCUCUCCACCGAGUUCAGAAUCUUUUGCAACUUAUGCUCUGAGUUUUUUCAUUCAUUUUGGUUUCUUCUUUUGUCUUUCUCUUCCUUUUCAUUGAAGCAGAGUGAAAGUUUGUAGUGAAAGAGAAAGCAUGUCAAGUGGAACGACAUACUGGUGUUAUACAUGCAGGCAGCCAAUCUGGCUUGAAAGGAGAGAUGCAAUUUGCCCUUACUGCGAUGGAGGCUUUGUGCAAGAACUAUACGAGCUGCUGCGAGCAGUUUCAAGGCAACAAGGGUUUUCAUCACAAAGGGAAGAUUUUCAUCAAGUCCCUGACAUUAUGGAUGCUGUAAAUCAUGUUAUGGAGCAAAGAGGUUCCGAGCCAAGAGUUGGAGUUAGAGAUGGUGUUGACAAUUUCAUGAGGCAGAGAAUGGCUGGAAGCUACACAAACUUUGAUGUCAGAAGGAGGUUUGGUAGCACCCCUCUUCCUGAUCAGACUUGGGGGAUCUAUACAUCUGGUCCUUAUCUUAUAUUUCAUGGUCAACCUCCAGGGUUCACUAUCUCUAACAACAGUGGCUCAAGAAGUGGUUCUGGGCAUGUUGAUUUUGGUCACUACUUUCUUGGUCCUAGACUUGAAGGACUCAUUGAGCAGCACAUAACAAAUGACCGGCUUGGUCCACCUCCUGCAUCACGCUCUUCUAUUGAUGCAAUGCCAACAAUUAAGAUCACAAAUGAACACCUCCAAUCUGAUUCUCACUGUGCAGUUUGUAAGGAAAGGUUUGAACUGAGUUCUGAGGCCAGGAAAAUGCCAUGUAGCCACAUUUACCACUCAGAUUGCAUUGUUCCAUGGUUGGUCCAGCACAAUUCCUGUCCAGUUUGCCGUGUUGAGCUGCCAUCUCAAGGACACUCCAGUUCCCGAAAAGCAGAGUGA